AUGAUCUCAACAACCUUCUGGUUAGAAAGGAUCUCUAGACAGAAAGAUGUACCUGCUGGAAUUUUCCAUCAGCUGGAGAGCAAGGACAUCGGUCGUCACACUGAUGGGCGAAGUCGCACUUGUGCCCUUGGCCGUGGGUGCGUCUCGUGGCCUGUGAUCCUGCAGCAAAGACUCAAGGGCUACCCUGCCAGCGCCGCCCUCUCCUCCUCCUCCCCUGUCUCCCCCUCCCCUGCUGUCUGCACCCCGACUCCUCCAGGAAAACCUCCACCGUGUCUCCUGGCUCAGAUACCGAGAUAUGCAGAGAUCACAAAGAGCUGGUCUUGGGAACUUCUGAAUAUGAUUCAUUCAAAAGAGAAUUCAGUCUUAGAAGUUCUCCAUGAACUGAAUUAA